UGGAAGGACGUUAUGGGGAACCUAGUUUAAGAACCGUGGAGGAAAUUCAGCCCUCCUGUUACAGGUGGGAACACUGAGGCCAGCCAGGGGGCAGGGCUUACCCAGGAUCCCACAGGGAGAUGGACAAGAUGGUCGGAUCCACAGAGGGUGUCACUGCUCUUGGCAGUGACAAGUAUGUCCCAUGCAGGAGGAGGAAGGCGUCGGGGACAGACGUGCCCCGGAUCAGCCGGGCCCUCGCCGAAUGUGUAUGUCUGUGUGUUGCGUGUGCAGCAUUAACAUUCCCUUCUCUCCCCGCAGCGAUGCCCUCCUAGCCAGCCGCCGCGGGAUGGAGGGCUUCAUGGACUCAGGGACACAGACGGAUGCAGUGGUGGUGCUGUCCUUGGCUCAGGCCGCCGUGCUGGGCCUGGUCUCGGAAAAUGAGCUCUUUGGAGCCACCAUAAGCGCCGAAGCCUUCUACCCGGACCUGGGGCCCGAGCUGUCCGGGACGGCCAUCGGGGAGCCUGGGCCCCCGGGCCCGGACGUGUACCAGCUGGCCUGCAACGGGCGGGCCCUGGAGGAACCGCCCGAAGAGGAGGUGCUGGAAGUGGAGGCGGCCUUCGAGAAGCACACCCGGCGGAAGACCCGGCCACCCGUGCGGCUGGUGCCUAAGGUCAAGUUUGAGAAGGUGGAGGAGGAGGAGGAGCAGGAGGUCUACGAGGUGUCGGUGCCCGGUGAUGACAAGGAGGCGGGCCCAGGGGAGGCCCCGGCCGAGGCGGCCAGCGGCGGCUGCGAGGCCCUGGUGCAGAGCAGCGCCGUCAAGAUGAUCGACCUCAGCGCCUUCAGCCGCAAGCCCCGGACGCUGCGGCACCUGCCCCGGGCCCCGAGGCCAGAGCUGGACGCGGCCCCCUACGCCCCCCACUUCCCAGACCCGGCCCGGGACGGCUUCUCCGAGGCCAGCAUGGCGCUGCCCGGGCCCGAGGCCCUGCCUGCAGAGUGUGGCUUUGAGCCGCCCCACCUGGCCCCCCUGAGUGACCCCGAGGCGCCCACCAUGGAGUCGCCGGAGCCCGUGAAGCCGGAGCAGGGCUUCGUGUGGCAGGAGGCGGGCGAGUUCGAGGCCGACUCGGCCGGCUCGACGGUCGAGCGCCACAAGAAGGCGCAGCUGGACCGGCUGGACAUCAACGUGCAGAUCGACGACUCCUACCUGGUGGAGGCGGGCGACCGCCAGAAGCGCUGGCAGUGCCGCAUGUGCGAGAAGUCCUACACGUCCAAGUACAACCUGGUGACGCACAUCCUGGGUCACAACGGCAUCAAGCCGCACUCGUGCCCGCACUGCAGCAAGCUCUUCAAGCAGCCCAGCCACCUGCAGACGCACCUGCUGACGCACCAGGGCACGCGGCCCCACAAGUGCCAGGUGUGCCAGAAGGCCUUCACGCAGACCAGCCACCUCAAGCGCCACAUGCUGCUGCACUCCGAGGUCAAACCCUACAGCUGCCACUUCUGCGGCCGCGGCUUCGCCUACCCCAGCGAGCUCAAGGCCCACGAAGUGAAGCACGAGAGCGGCCGCUGCCACGUCUGCGUCGAGUGCGGCCUGGACUUCUCCACCCUGACGCAGCUCAAGCGCCACCUGGCCUCCCACCAGGGCCCCACCCUCUACCAGUGCCUCGAGUGCGACAAGUCCUUCCACUACCGCAGCCAGCUGCAGAACCACAUGCUCAAGCACCAGAACGUGCGGCCCUUCGUGUGCACGGAGUGCGGCAUGGAGUUCAGCCAGAUCCACCACCUCAAGCAGCACUCCCUCACCCACAAGGGCGUGAAGGAGUUCAAGUGCGAGGUGUGCGGCCGGGAGUUCACCCUGCAGGCAAACAUGAAGCGUCACAUGCUGAUCCAUACCAGCGUCCGGCCCUACCAGUGCCACAUCUGCUUCAAGACCUUUGUGCAGAAGCAGACCCUCAAGACCCACAUGAUUGUACACUCACCUGUGAAGCCAUUCAAGUGCAAGGUGUGUGGGAAGUCCUUCAACCGCAUGUACAACCUGCUGGGCCACAUGCACCUGCACGCGGGCAGCAAGCCUUUCAAGUGCCCCUACUGCUCCAGCAAGUUCAACCUCAAGGGCAACCUGAGCCGGCACAUGAAGGUCAAGCAUGGUGUCAUGGACAUCGGCCUGGACAGCCAAGACCCCAUGAUGGAGCUGACGGGCACUGACCCCUCGGAGCUGGACAGCCAGCAGGAGGUGGAGGACUUCGAGAACGCCUACGCGUAUGCCGGCGUGGACAGCGGCGCCGAGGCCAGCGUCCUCACCGAGCAGGCCAUGAAGGAGAUGGCCUACUACAACGUGCUAUAGCACAGGCCGGGCCGCCCACGGGGGCGCGGCGGGCCUGGGGCGCGGGGGGAGACCCACGUGCUGCGGGCGCACCCCCGCGGCGGAGAAAAGCUACUGCCCCGCUGUCCCGAGCCCUCCCCUCCCACGGGGUCGUUUGCGCCACUUAGGGACUCGAAGACCACAUGGAGACUGUACUACUGGUCUCAGCUGUGACCCAGGCCCCGGGCGUCCAGGGAAGGAAGGGGCACGGAGGCCCGGCUCUGGGUGUCCUUGGCCUGCUGCUGUGGGAGGGGGGCGAGAAAUGCUGAUCGGGGCCGUUGGGGUAUGGGUCACAAGGGCACAGUUCCUUGGGUCUCCCAGGCCCGGAGCUGGGCAGCUUGGGGACGGGGGGGACUUCCUGACGGCCUCUCGGGGGUCCUGGCCCUGGAGGACGAGAUAACUUGAGCCUUGCCUUGUUUCUCCUCUGGACCAACUCCUGCCUCUAGGGACGUCUGAGCUCCUGCGCUCUCAGCACUGCCCCCCUCCCCCCGCAUCCCUCGCCAGCCCCACAGGCUGGGAAGAGCCCAGGCCCCAGAGCCCCCUUCCCCACCCUGUCCACGGACAACCAGGCAGGGCCCUCUGCCUUCUACCUCCUGGUGCCCCCCACGCUCCCUCCAGCCAGGCAUGCAUGCUGCCCCGGUCCUGGCCUUAGGAAAGCGGGGGGUAGCCCAGCCCCCAGCUAAUGCCCGCUCCAGCCGACCCCCAGGAGGCCCGCCUCUUCCGGCCAUUCGAAAGCGGGCACCCCUAAAGUGGAUUUCAACAAAGGUCAGCCGGUUCCGUGCUGAACUGGUCCCCGCACCAGGCUCCCCCGAUGUGAACAAAGCUGGGGUGUGCCUUUUGCUGGGCACACAUUGAGACAGACGGGGGAUCCCCUCACGUGAGGGGCAGGGCACAGAGAAGGGAUCAUGGGGACCGAGAGCGGCUGUCCCCAGAGGAGGCCGACGACCCCUGGGGGUGGCUGGAGUAUUUUACUAUUAAAAGUACCCAUUUUGGGGACGGGGACAGCCAGGAGUCAGCAGGUUCCCAGGAAGAGCAACAUCGUUAAGAAAAUGAAGACGAUAGAGAAAAACAAAUUUUUUUGAGCAAAAGGGGUAUUUUGAAGGUAAUUUAUUUUUUUUCCUUUCCAACUCUGUGUCGCCUAUUCUUUCUGCCGGAGAUCAUUUUCUUUUUCCAAACGGAAGCUCCCGUAUGUGCUGUGCGCGCUUCACGCCCCCGCCAGCUCGAGCGGCCGGCCAGGAGGGCUCCGGCGCGGAGGGGCCUGGCAGGCGGCGGGCGAGAGGCAGGAUGCAGAGCUGGGCAGGCCCCCGCCCCUGCCCGGCCUCUCCAGCCAGUGACUCGCUCUGCACCGGCCACCUCGGCGGCCCAGGCCGCUCCGUUCUGCUCAGCCAGCAGCGCCCUCCCCUGCUUGCCUGCUCCCGUCGCCUCUGUCCCCACGCCAGCUCCUGCCCCGGGAGCCGAAGACAGGCCCGGGGCACGAAAUAGCACAUUCAGGAAGGCUAGGGCACCCGGGACGCCUGCCCACUUGCCUCCCAAGGCCUCAGUGGAGCCGGGCAGGCAGGGCUGUCCCCAAAGGCACGAAGGAGGUGAAGCCACCAACUUCGGCCCGGAAACCAGGAAAGGAGGGGGAACAGCCGGGGUGGGGUGGGGGGGGACCAGUUUGAAAUGCAGCUAACCACCCCCAGAGCUGUAUCCUUCGUGAAGGACCAAGCCAGGCUUCAGGUUCAGGGUGGCCGUGAUCAGGACCGAGGGGAGGACAUGGCGGCCUCGGGACCAGGCGGCCAGGUGCCCCUUCCUUUGCUGCUUAAGCUCAUGCUAAGAGGCAACAACCGAGGGCUGGGGGCUCAUAGGAGCCUUUCCCCCCCCCAGAACCCCGAGGCCCCCCCCCCUCCCCGGCCCCCCAGGUGCCCGCCAUGAUGACCCUCAGGUGGCAGUGACCCCGUCACUGUAGAAGACAUUUUCUCCUGCUGAGCAGAAGCGUCGCCCCCUGCAAACUACCUCUUCCCACAAUGUCUUUCUCCCCUGGUACCAAAAAGAACCCUGUACCUCCUCCUCCUCUUUCCUGCCAGCGCAGUGGCCUUGGUCUUGGAAACCCAAGGGAGGCGGUCUGGCCCCCAGGGCGGGGCUCUCCUUUCCUCCCCCAGCCAGCCCUGCCAUCAGCACGGCCCUCUGCGAGGUUCAGUACUUGAACGCCCCCUGCCCUGUGCCUUGGACCCGGGCGAAGCUAAGAGAAGGCAACGGCACGACUUACACAACUUGAGCCGGGGGGCGGUCUCGGCAAGGCCCCUGUCCUCACUCCUCCCCGGCCUCUCGAGAGAGGCGCGCGGCCUCUUGGGUGACUUGGAAACUCCACUCUAACUUAUUUUGACGUGUACACAAACCAACCGUUUAGAAAUUCCCCUUGUGCAGAGCCCUACUGUGUUUUUAUGUUCCUGUUUAAAAGAGAAGUUUACUUAGCAAUAAUUAUAAAUAAAUGAAUAUUCUUUAGCGA